AUGGACGGUAUCGUGGAUUCCUGGAAGCUUCCAUCGCCAGAUGCAUCUUUGUCCACGUCAGACCCUCCUUUCCAGCUCAUUGACUGUCACGCACACACCUACCCUUCUCAGUUCCCCCACACCAACUUCCUCCCUCUCCUCCGCCGUGCUGCUGCAGCGUGCGUCUCGCACAUCGUCACAGUUCCGGAAACCCUAGCAGACGCUCACGAGGUGCUGGCUCUCGCUCGAACCCAUCCGCUCAUCUUCCCCGCAGAAUGCGAACCUGGAAACUCGCACCCAGCGAACCAAACCGAGCCGUCUGCCUCGGCUCGGCACAAUUCGGACGUUAUCGGAUUGAGAAUCGCCCCUGCUAUCGGGCUGCACCCAGUCCAGCCAGGACCUUAUCCGCCUGACGUGGACACCACGUCAGCAGGCAGUAACGAAGCGUCAUCUUCAGCAUUGUCUCAUUCCGUCCAGUUGUUCGAGCUGGAGCCAGUGUUGGAUCUCAUUCGGUCCAAGGCGGAAUGUGGCCUGCAGGGAAGGUUAGGAAUCACAGUGCAGGAAAUGGAAGGUGUCAGCGCUUCAGUAGACACAGUGGAGGAGGGGUCAGGAUCCACAGUGCCUUUGGUUUGCGUUGGCGAAAUCGGCCUUGAUUUCAGCCCCAAUGUGGUGGGUAAGUCGACUGGUGGUGAUAGCAGCAGCAGCAGCAGCAGCAGCAGCAGCAAUAGUAGCAGCGGAAUAAGUGCCUUGCAAUCAGAGGAACUCAAGAGAGUGCAGAGGGAGGUGUUUCGGCGUCAACUUUCUCUAGCAGAGGAGCUGGGUUUGCCAGUCAAUGUCCAUUCUCGCAGCGCGGGACACCACGCCAUAGAGGAGAUUAUCCAAUCAGGGCUUCCUGCCACGUCAGCAGCAUUGAUGCAUGCGUUUGAUGGGCGGCUGGUGCAUGCCGAACGGGCUGAACGGCAUGGCGGUUUCUUCUUCUCUGUGCCACCUUCUAUCGUCCGGUCACCACAAAAGCAGGUGAAUCUGGGCGUGUAUCCUCAAGUGAUUGCUGGGCAUGCAGGUUGGUGUGUUCGGGAGGUGAAACUCGUGAAGGGCCUUCCUCUUUCGUGCCUUGUGCUGGAUACGGACUCUCCUGCACUUGCUCCUGAGAAGGGUGCAACCAAUGAGCCGUGCAAUAUUGUGGUCUCAUGUAGGGAAAUAGCUCGCAUUCAUGGUGUGACUGUUGCUGAAGUGGCCAAGACCACAUCUUCAGUUUUUACAAUGGCUGCCGUCACUCUUUCCCAGACCGCCACGGCCUCGUGCCGUGCCACCUUCAGCUCAGUGAAGCUGGAGUCGAAGCUCAAGAGGUCCGUCAGCCUCGCCGUGCAGCCCGCCUUUGCCUGGAAGUCUGCUGGCGUUGCUUCUAAGGCCUCGUUCAAGGGAGUCGGCUCGGUUGUCGUCAGAGCGGUCGCGGAGGAUGUACAGGGUGGCGGAAACUACGGUGCUCCUCGCGAGAUUCCAGGCACCAAGAUCUAUGUCGGCAACUUGCCGUUCAACGUCGACAGCGAGUCGCUCGCUGAGAUCUUCCAGGAGGCUGGUGUCGUGGAGCUUGUUGAGGUGAUCUACGAUAGGGACUCUGGCCGCAGCAGGGGUUUCGGUUUCGUCACGAUGAGCACCCCUGAGGAGGCUCAGGCGGCCAUCGAGAAGUACGACGGCUCGGAACUCGGCGGCCGCAUGCUCAAGGUCAACAUGCCCGUUCCCCGCGGCGAGCGCGAGAGGGGUGCUCGCACCGAGAGGCCACGUGGCGAGAGGCCCCGUUUCGGCGGCGGAAACCAGGGCAACAAGCUUUACGUCGGCAACCUGUCGUGGGGCAUGGACGACAUGGCUCUUGAGGAUCUGUUCGCGGAGUUCGGCAAGGUCCUCGAGGCAAAGGUCGUCCUGGAUCGCGACUCCGGCAGGUCCCGAGGGUUCGGCUUUGUGACUCUGUCUAGCGACGCGGAAGUACAGGAGGCGAUCUCGAACCUUGACGGAGCUGAUGUUGACGGCAGACAACUGCGGGUCAAUGUCGCUGCUCCCAAGGUUUGA